AGUCACAAGAAUAUAAAAGCAUAUAGAGGCAGCAUAUAUAGAGUGAGAAGUUGAGGUAAAAAUGCCAGUGUGCGUUCCCAAACAACAAGUCAACCCCAAACCCGGGGUGGAUGAAAGGCUAGUGAGGGAGAUAUUGAGAGAAGUCGACGUGAACAAUGACAACAAUCUGAGCUGGUCGGAGCUGCAGAAAGCAUUCAAUAAACUGGGGUCGAAGUUCCCUCCAUACAGGGCCUGGCGUGGUCUGCGAAACGCCGACGCCAACAACGAUGGCCUUGUCAGCCCCUCCGAAGUGGACAACCUCGUUCGUUAUAUCAUGAAUUGGUACAAUGCUUAACGCUGAUCCAUUUAUCGUAUCUCCCUCGGUGU